AUGGACGACGCCGCGAGGCUCGUGUCGGAGCUGCACGACAGGCUCGCCGAGCUCGACGGCAAGGUCGCUGCCUACCAGCGCGACCUGCUCGCCGAGUUUCACAGGCACAUGGAGGACUGCCUAAAGCAGUACCCGGUCCACGUCUCCAACGAGAUCUUGAGAGUCAUCGCCGAGUCUCUUGCGAGGUAUCCAGCCCUAAGCCCGACGAGCCCAACAACCCCGGCCGCCUUUGAGAGCGAUCGCCCGCCCUCGGGCUUGUCCCUCGCCGAUCGCAAAGCCUGGGACGGCCGGAAGUCGCCCCCUCCUAUCCUCUACCACACUUCCGGCGUGCCGAAAGAGGGCCCGAGAAGCCCGCACCAGCGCGAGAAGGAGUUUCAGGGUCUUUUUACACCCACAUACCUCCCGCUCCUAGACAGCACAUAUCACAGCGUGCACUCGCCACCGCGGUCGCCAGUCCCUGUGACUCCGACGGCAACACUAGACGCAGCCGAACCCGAAAAAGUUGAAAAGACAAAGGAGCCAGAGGUUGCCAAGCUUGAGAUUCGGCCUGCCCCUGUCAGACGUCUGACAGACCUAUCAUCUUCAUCAAUCGAGUCAUCAGGAAGUGAGAGCAAGGCGCGGAGAAGUGCGCUACGGCGAUCUUUAAGCUCAACUAGAGGCAGUCCCCGCCGGGUUCGUUUUGAAUUCAAGGGCGAGGAGGUUUUCCCAUCUGCCUCCCCACAGGCACUAAUUGAACUGGCCUUGGUUGACGAGGCGGAGCCUCUAGUCAAGGCAGCCGACACGUCAGCCAAAGCCUUGGGGGAUGAGUCACCGGCGUAUACAGGCACGUCGUUGCUCGAUGUAGAGGGCGAGGAAGACUCGUUUCCAAGACCAAAAAAGGUCUCUUCAACCCAGGCCCUCCGAGCCCUUACGCGGAGUCCGCUUGACGAAGGAACCGUCUGGACAGUGGUAAACCCGAGCUCCGACGAUACCCCCAAGAUGAAUGGCGGAAAGGCAAUCGAUACCUCACUCAAGGUUGAAUCACGGAUCGCCGUCCAACCACAGCAUGCCGUCGCAGAAAACCAUGUCCCCGAUGAACUACUUGGAUCACCUAUCGAAGAACUUGAGAAUCACGAGGACGAAGAUGCCUCCGACGAGGAAUUUCUCUCCAUAAGACCCAAAUCUUCCCCUAAGGCCCCUUCACUAACUGUACGAUCCCCAUUUGGUCAGCUGCCCGCCUUAAGCAGUUCUGAGAAAUCGAAAUCGGCGGCCGGAAGAAUCAAUGAUUCAGACCUGGGAGACGACGAGGACCCUCUAUUCGACUUUGAGCAGGAGGGGAGCCGCAAGUCAGCAGCCCCCCUCGGUCAACCGAGCAAAUACAUCGACGAAGACGAGGAAGAGUAUGAUGGCAAGGGCGACGAGACCCCCCGCGGGCGGUCCUUGAGACUCGUCUCUGCAGCGGACGACGCCACCGGCACCGCUACCACCACAGAGCAGCCGGCACCUCAAGCGGUAAAUUUGCCGCCAGUCUCGCCAUCGGCAGUGUUGUUCUCACAAUCAGUUGGCUCGUACAAAGGUAACCCCAUGCGGUUUGGCCCGAUGACCGACGCGCGGCUAUAUGACGAGAUUGCCAGCAUGAAGGACGUGCGGUUGGUCAUUGGCAGCAUUCGGGAUGCGCAAUUUGUCGGCAGCAUUGACCGGCGCAACAACGUUGACGCGGCAGAUCUGGGCAGCUACAGCGCGGCUAGUCUUUCGAGAGCGUUCGCAGGCACCCCGCGCAGCUUCACCGAGCGGCUGGCACUGGAGGAGGCUAUGGAGAGGCGCAGGGCUCAAGGGGAUACUCUUGACGGAGGCGAGGACGGGAGCUAGAGGUAAAAGGGGUACAGAGAAAGAGCUGAGCCUGCAUUAUGGUAGUUGUUUUGCUCCCUGAUGAGGGCCUUUAGCUUGCAGGGUACUUUUAUUUUACCGUCGACAUGCAUGGACAAGGAGCGAUAUGCCUUUCAUAUUCGUCUCUUGUCGUCUCUGUUUCUGCAACCAUACUUCAUCUAUCAUACACGGGGAUGGCGCCAAGGUAAUGGAUGGGAUGGAUGGGAGCUGUGCGGAUCAGGAGGGCCCUUUAUAUAUAUAAUAGACAGGGGAAGGUGGGCGAUGUUUGCUGGCCUCGCAGAGCAGCACGCCCUUUGUAAAAAAAAAAAAAACACAAGAGCUGCAUCAUGAUACCACGGGGAAACACCGGAUUCAUAGUGGAGGCGAGGAACACUUCAAAGGGGUUAUCGUGAUCGGAUUCCUAGGUAAUGUGGGGGAUUGGAACUUACAGAUAUCUGUUUUGGUAGGUAAGGUAACUA